AUGGCGCUCCUCGUCCGCCUUCUCGUGACUUGCCUUCUUCUCCGUGAAGCGACAGCAACAUGCUACUUUCCCGACGGAAACGUCUCCAGCCUUGACGUUGCAUGCAACCCAGAUGCGGUCGAUUCAUUCUGCUGCUACAGCCACCAGGCGUGCCUGUCCAACAAACUGUGCUUGACCGGUGUCGAAGACGGCGUCAACCAAUACGCGCGAGGGACAUGCACCGACCACACAUGGCAGUCGGGGGCCUGCCCCGACUUCUGUCUUGACCAACAGGCACUCGGCAACCCCGUCAUGAGCUGCAACGUUACGGGGUCUGAUUCGUACUGCUGCAACUACGACUGCUCCUGUGAUUCCGGCACCGAGGAUGAAGUCUUGAGCUUUACCGGCACCCCCUAUACCAUCUCAGUCAUCGGAGUGACGUCGACAUACCCCAACCCCAGCGCCUCGACGCAAUCUCCCUCGACGACGACAUCAACAUCAUCCGUGUCGACGACGACAUCAACAUCAUCCGUGACGCCGACGACUGCUUCGCCAACCACCGAAAACGGUCCCGUCGGCUCCUCAACUGUCAAUGCGGCAGGAGCCGCUGCAACUUCAUCAGCCGCCUCCGUACCCCAAUCCGACGGCAAAAAAGGCGGUUCGAACAGUACGGCAAUCGGCGUCGGUGUGGGAGUCGGGGUCGGAGUCGCGCUCCUGCUGGGUGGCGCGGCUGCUUUCUUCCUCUACCGUCGCCACUCUCGCUCACGCUCCCGUGCUCCUGUUCAACAGGACGCCAUGCCCGCAUUUGACAAAUCGGCAAACGAUUACUCUGGACAUGGAACCAGUCCGACUAGCCAGCCCAGCCCUUACAACGCUCCGAGCCUGGAUCCGAAGCAGCCGUUCCUGGGGAAGCCCGCUCUAUCCAAUCCAAGCGUCAGCGAACUGGACUCAAGAGGCCACGGCUACAGUGAACUCCACGCGCAGACUGACCGCACAGAUGAUACACCUGGAGGCUCCGACUCGGGAGUCGCAGAGCUUCCAUGA